CGGCGAUAAUGCAACAUAUUGGAAGCCAACCGCCGUUAAACCCCACCGAAGAAAAAUAAGAAACUGCUUAGCGAUUUCGACGCAUGCCUCGGAGCUCGAUAUCAAACGCAACAUCACUAAUCAAAUGUAGCGAAAAGCUUAAAUUGCUAGCAGCAAAAUAAGACAACCCUGUUGUGUAUAGAAUAGCACAAAAUACUUCGUUGGUUUUACCCGCAACCCUUCUGGUGCGAUACAAAACACACAGAGAAAAUGGCGGAACUUCAGAAGGAGGCAGGACUGCCCGAAACCAUUCGGGAGAACCGAGAUGAAGAGGAGCCGGCUAAUUCAAAGGCAGAGGAGAUGGUCACCUCAGAAGACCUGCAAGAUGACAACCUGAUCGAGCAGGAACACUUCCACAGUUCUAAUAAUGAACAGCAAGAUGGACAUUUGGCAGUUAGGAGGAAUGUAAUAUUAGAACGAACAAAAUUCAACCAAAGACAACAGGAAGCAGGAGAGACAGCUGAUGAUUUUAUCUCUGCACUUCAUUGUUUGUCACAACAUUGCGGUUAUGGAGAUCUGCUCAGUGAGAAAAUAAGAAACAGGCUUGUCAUGGGCUUACGUGACAAAAAACUUGCCGAGCAAUUACAAAUGGACCCAGAAAUAACACUGGACAAAGCUGUCACACGCAUUCGUCAAAAGCAACAGGACCUGCCAGAGAAUACCAGAGCUACCAGUAAUGCGGCAAAUGUAGACAGUGUGCUUUCACAUAGCAAACAUCAAUGCCCAGCCAAUACCCAGUGCCAAUCAGAGAAGAAUCAAAACUCAGAAAGACCACAACAACCCCAAACAACGCAGGAGAAUGGAGAGGAGCCCCAAGAUACUGAUGACUUCAUUGAGGGUUUCAGACCUGGAGGAGAGAAGUCUCACUACUGCGCCUACUGCGGUCAGAACUUUCAAAAAGUAAGGGAUCUUAUAAGACACCAUCGAACACAUACAGGAGUGAAAGAAAUGUUCUGCCCUGAUUGUGGGAAAGGCUUUACCCGCUCUGAUAAUCUGAAAAGGCAUCAGAGGACACAUAAGAAAGGGGGUGAUUGUCUUUACUGUGAUAAAAGCUUUUCUGAACCGGGAGAACUAAAAAUACACAUGGAAGUACAUAGUCAAGAAAGGCCAUAUCUUUGCCCUGACUGUGGGAAGCAAUUCAAACAGUUAUGGGUGUUGAAAAAUCACCAGCGAAAACAUACAGAGAAGAUCUCACCACAGGAAAGGCAUCACUACUGCUCCGACUGUGGAAAGAGCUUUACACGAAGGCAUAGUCUUAGAAGACAUCAGCAAGAAACGCAUACAGAUGAAAAGCCGUACCACUGCUCUAAUUGCGACAAAAGUUUUGCGGGACGUGAGAGACUUAAGAAACAUCAACUAACACACAAGGAAAAGAAACAUAAACAUUACCGCUGUUCAAGGUGUGAUAAAAGAUUUCCUGACAUGGCAAAACUAAGAUCACACCUUCCAGUACAUACUGGAGACCUUGCACUCCACUGUUCUGACUGUGGAAAGUGUUUCCUAAACAAGGCAAAGUUUGAAAGACAUCAAAGAACACACACUGGAAGUGUACUAUACCUUUGCACUGACUGUGGGGAGGGUUUUACAAAUAUGCAACAGUUGGAAAGGCACCAGCGAAUGCACACUGGAGAGAAACCAUACCACUGCACUGAUUGUGGGAAGAGUUUUGCUCUUGAAAAAACAUUUAAGUGUCACAAGCAAGCACACAAGUUCAAACUCUCUGGAGAAAGAGCAGCCUAUCCUUGCUCAGAAUGUGGAAAUACUUUUUCUCGUUCAUGUGACGUGAUGACUCAUGUGAGACGGGUGCAUAAUAAAGAGAGACCUUUCCAGUGCUCCUGCUGUGGAAAAAGAUUUUUCCAAAAGAACUCUCUUACAAUACACAUGAGAAGUCACACUGGAGAGAAACCGUACCACUGCUCAGACUGUGGACAAAGCUUCUCCCAAAUUAACGACAGAAAACGUCACCAGAAGAGGCAACACUCUGGAGAGGAGACGACCUCUAUUCUGCAGUCUGAAAAGAAAAGUCUCAGAGACACUCAAUAAGAAAGGACUACUACAACAAAGACACAAAAAUGCAAUAUAGUAACAGUAUCACUGUGUUAUUGCUGAUUUUCUUUUAAUUUAUAUUUUUACUUUUGUCAAACACAAUUUUUUUUAAAUUAAUAGUCAACUUUAUUUUUUAAAUCACUGUUUUUAAAUGUUCUUAUCACUCUAGUUUACUCCCUGCAUAAAUGGUAUUUAUCAUCCUCCCAUUUAUCAAUCCUCCCCUGUACCUAAAGCAUUCCAUAAGGCCAAACAACCAAAUGGGUAAUUAUUUGCCCAGUUGAACUACCCAAAAUACUAUAAACAAAGAUUACAACUGUUGUAAAUAUGGGCUAUUAGAACUAAGGUGAAUAUCAGCAAUGUGAUCAUCAGAGUAUAAAUAAUUUACAAGCCAAGAUGUAUUGAAUAAUUUGGGAAAUCAAAUCUAAAAACAACAAUUUGUCAGUAUUCAAACUGGAGAACAGUUAUUAGAUGUCCAUGUUAUUCAGGUUGGCAUGUACUCUCUUAUUUCUUACCUCUGAAACAGCGGUCAGAUGAUAACGGUAGCUACUGAUAGUUUUUUGUUUGUUUUUUUUGUUCAAUUUUUUAAGUGUCUUUAAUCGCAAAAGCCUUUUCCACAUCUCUUGCAUGAGUAUGGUCUGACUCCUGUGUGCACUUGCAUGUUGGCUGCGACAUGAAUGGCUUGGCUGAAUCUUCUCCCGCUGACAUCACAGCUGAAAGGCUUCUCUCAUGGACUCGCCUUUUGAGAUCACUGAUGAGUUGAAAGUCUCCCACAGCCACUCCGCUUGUGUGGUUUUCUCACCUGUAUUGAUCAGCUCAUGUAUUUUAAGAGAUUAAUUUGUAAUAAGUCUCUUUCCACAACAGUCCUAAGCAUUGGGCUUCACUCCAGUGUGUAAUUUCUGGUGAUAUUCAGAAGUAGCUUUAUGGAGAAGUUUUUCCGCAUGUGAAACAAAUGUAUAUGUUUUUCCUGUGUGAAUUCAUCCAUGUGUUUUUAGAGAACUGAUGGAGCUGAAGCCCUUCAAACAUAUCUCACAGCUGAAAGGUUUUGGUUGUCUCAUUCCUUGAGUGUGUUAACCAUUACAUGUGUGUGAGAGCUUGUAUAUUCUCAGUUGAUAAUUGUAAUAAAUUCUUUACACAUA